GGGUUUUAUAUUUUCCCCCCAUUUCCUUUUUUCACAAGCCAUAUAUAAUGCAGGCAGUUCUUGAACUUCUAACAAACAGUCGGUUGGUUUGAAAUUUGCAAGUUGAAAAUUUCCAAUAAAGCUAUAUAUUAAGCCCGCAUGUGCAUGCUUAGGCUAUUAUUAACAUAAACGUGACUUUUCACUUGAAAAAAAUACAGGUUUCUGCAAUGGCCUUCUCAUUUGCCUUGAGGCAUUCGCGUUUAGCUCUGGCUGCGUUUUAUAUCCUUAUUUCUCUUGGAAAAUUUGGCAAAUCACAAGGGACUCCUUCAGAAACAGCUGCUGCAGGAGUACUUGCAAAUGAAUAUUUGCCCGGACAAGUAGGUGCAAAUCAAGGUUACCCCCAAGCAGGAAACGUGGAUAAGGAUCCGGAUCAUGUUGUCAAUGAAGCCCUGCUUUGUUUCGAUGAAAAGCAAAUUUACAGCAGCUGCAGUGAAGCUUAUAGAUUGUCCUCGAGUGGAGACCUUAACGUGCCAGCAGAAUACACAGACCAGUACUGCAAUGGACCUUGUGUCUCUGAGACGCACCUUGUUCUUAACUGCAUCGAAGGUGUACUCUUGCAGUUCAAGUUCUACAAUCAGGCCACCAUAAGUGAUGUGAGAGAGACAAUCAAAUCCGGAUGUAGCUAUGGCUCUAAAAGAGGUGACUUUAAUGUAGCUGAGCGGAUCCAGGAGGAACAUAGCAAUGGGCACAGGACUAAUUUCAGUCUUUUUCUUUCUGGCCUUGUUUUGAUCAUAAUGACACGUCGUUUAAUGCUCUGAUGCAUGGCUUUUUUUUUUUUUUUUUUCUUUUUCAAGGGCGAGCAUAUACAGUAGUGAUUGUCUGGCGCGAAUUGAUCUGCAUAUUUGGCCAUCUUGCUGUGGUCGAAUUAUGCCCGUGAAAAUUAUGUUGUCGUCUAUAUAAGCAAUCCAACCAUUUCAAAUGUUUCGUCUGUUUUUGUACUGAUAAUUCCAUGAGGAAAAAUAAGGACUGUGAAAUAUGAAUGUAUAUUGUGGGUCAAGCAAAGGUCAACUCGAUUUCUAUUGCACUGUUUGUCCAGCAAAAGCCUUAGCAUAUGUAAAUUUGAAGGAAAUUUUAUAUUUCGUACACAAC